AGAGAUACAUGAAAAGUUAAAAAUAAGCUAUGAUCGAUUGAAUGAUCACAGAGAGAAGGAUAUUUUCCUUGACAUAUGCUGCUUUUUUAUCAACAAGGAUAGGAACUAUGUUACCCAGAUAUUAGAUGGUUGUGAAUUGUAUGCAGAAAAUGGAUUACAAGUCCUCAUUGAGCGGAGCCUAGUAAAAGUCGGUAGGAAUAAUAAACUUGAAAUGCAUGAUUUAUUGCAAGAGAUGGGGAAAGAAAUCAUCCGUGAAAGCCCAUGUAAAGAUCCUAAAGAACGUAGCAGAUUAUGGACCCAUCAAGAUGUGCUUGAUGUGUUAACGGCGCACACAGGAACUAAAGUUAUUCAGGGUAUAUCUUUGAAGGCAUCAGAAAUCCAUACAGAGUAUCUCAUUAAUUCUGAGGCAUUUAAGGAGAUGAAGAAACUUAGAUUGCUCCAACUAGAUUAUGUAAAUCUUAAAGGAGAUUACAAAUAUCUUUCCAGAAAGCUGAGAUGGCUUUGUUGGCAUGGAUUUCCGUUAAAAUACACUCCUAACAACUUUUAUCAAGAAAAACUAGUUGCUAUUGACUUCAAAUAUAGCAACCUCAGAGUAGUUUGGAAAAAGCCCCAGUUGCUAAGGAUGUUGAAGACACUCAAUCUCAGUCAUUCUCCUUACUUGACUGAAACUCCUGAUUUUACAUAUCUACCAAACCUUGAAAGGCUAGUGAUGAAAGAUUGUCCACGCCUGAUUUUAAUUAACAAGAGCAUUGGAGAUCUAAAAUACCUUCUGCAUGUAAAUCUAAAAGAUUGUAAGAGCCUUAGAUAUCUUCCUAGAAGCAUUUACAAGUUGAAAUCUGUAAAAACUCUCAUUCUUUCUAGUUGUUCAUCGAUUGACCAUUUAGAAGAAGAUAUUGAGCAGAUGGAGUCUUUGACAACUCUUAUGGCAGAUAAUACUGCCAUAACAGUAGUACCCUUUUCAUUAGCAAGAUUGGAAGGGCUUAAGCAUGGAUAUGUAUCGUUCCCUGGUCAUGAAGGAAGAGCAAAAGAUAUAUUUCCUUCUCUCAUAUGGUCUUGGAUGUCACAUAACAGCAUUCCCCACUCCCGUAUUGAAGAAUUUGUGCAAAGCAUAUCAGCUAUAGAUAUCUCAAUUAGACGGAAUAGUAGCUUUUGUGACCUAUCUGCAUUUCUAGGCGAUCUUGUGAAGCUCCGAAGUAUGUGGGAGGAAUGUCGACCACGGUUUCGAUUUUAUGAAAGAAUGGCAAGACUUUUGGAUGCCUUGUAUGAGACAAAUUUGAUGGGAUUGGAAGCAACUCAAGAUACACCCCAGAUCUCAUAUGCGGAAGCUUCUGCGUUAUCUGAGGCCCCUGACCAACUUAAGAUUUCAAGACCAGCAGAUUCCUUGAAAUCUCUUUUACUUCAACUUGGAGUGCUAGACAAGGCAGAGUUGCUGAAAGUGGGAAUUUCUCAGGGAUGGAAUUAUGGUGGGUGGGAUGAUUUUCACCUACUUGGUGAUCAGUAUCACGAUUGGUUCAUCUUUAAGGGUGAAGGACGCUCAGUAAUUUUUAAGGUACCUCAAGUCAUAGGUUGUUGCUUGAAAGCAAUGCUUCUCAACGUCGGGUAUUCUUCUUGCACGGACACCACGACGCCUCAAUUUCUCAUAGAUGUUCUAAUCAUUAACCUCACAAAAGCAACAGUUAAACAUCUUAAGGGAGACUCGUCAACUUUUCAUGAAGAUGCAGAAUGGCAGAGUAUCAUUUCAAGUUUUCAACCUGGUGAUCUGGUGGAGCUUGUUUUAAGCAUUGGGCCUCAAUAUCCUGUGAAGAAGAUUGCAGCAUACCUGAUUUAUGACGGUUCUAAGCCUCGCAGGUUUUUGAAAUCAUCGUUAUCACAAAAGCUGAUUUGGGUUUGUCAUAUAGCCCCGGUACUUCUGAUAUGUGCUGCAAUUUUAAGAAGGGGAAAAUGA